UGUGUAGUGGGUGCUUCACUGAGCCUUCAUUUCUCCCAUCGCAACCACUCAUCUGAGCCGAAUUCCUCUCUUUGACGACGCCCAAUCCUAGGGCUUAGAAUGGGCCUCUCGUAUGUGUUAUUUAGCAAUCAAUGGAAAUAAGCCAUGCGCAUCACAGCCGCACUUAUUGCUCUGAUCUCUAUCACAAACGCUCAGUCCAACUUCACUUCAUUCAUUGACUACGAGUCAAAAGCAGUGGGUUUGCGAGACAGCAAGAAUGAAAUCUGUCUUCGAGUCACAUUUGCCGUUACAAUCAUAAAUCUGAACAUCAAUGGUACGCAAAAUCGUCUACCGUUCGAUCUUACGUCAGCAUUUAUUUCCGGCUACUGUGCCAAAGAAGCAAAGGGCGAUGCGUUGCUUACAGCUACUUCCGUGCACAAUAAUAGGGAAAAAGUCAUGCGAUUUUAUUUUGGCACGAAAACUGUACUCGUGAAGAAAUACGAGGAACUGCGCUGGCAGCUUCGCAAUGUGGUCUAUGAGGAGAGCUAUAAGGAUGAAACUGUGACUUUCAAGUCUGACAACUCGUCAAUCAUCAUAACAGCUCCAUUGGCACAGAAAUAUGUUUGCAAGGAUCGUAUCAAUAUCACUUUGCACUCAGAAGGAUACAACGAUCUGAUCGCCGAAUUUUCACCGGAUAUCGACGUUCAGCCAUAUGGACCCAAGAGCAAUUUCUAUCUGUGCGAACGCACACGUAAACGUACACUGGCGGAAUCGUUCCAAAACAAAGCCACUAUAUUCUCUGGAGUUGUAUUGGGACUGACUGCAGUUUCCGCAAUGAUCGGACACACUAUCAGACGACAUUUCAUUCCGGAAAGGAAGCAAAUGUACGAAAAUCUUGGCGUUCAGUAAUACGUUAAUAUUCACAUAGCUUCCUGGCGUUGAGCCUGUGGGCUUAGCCAUACAAGGCUGUAGUUAUAUUAUUGUAUGGUAAUAAUAACUGAUUAAAUGGC